AUGCAGUCUACCAGCGACCUGGAAACACUGCAGCUAGUGAAUACACGCAAUAUCUCAGACGAUGUGCUUUGUCUCAUCUUGAGGCACUGCAGAUCCCUGACAGUUCUUCAGCUGAAAGAUAAUCACAUUGGACCUGAAGUCAUUGACAGCCUUCUGGAUAGCUGUCCUCCAAGGCUUACCGAACUGUCACUGCCCAAGGGUUCCCCACUCCUGCUUAAUGAGCAUGUUGCGGAAUGUGUGGCUCAGUCUUGCCCACUCCUGGAGAAAGUGAAUCUUAGUUGGCACACCAAUAUCGGCAAUGCUGCAGUGCGAUCAUUACUACUCCUGUGUCCCAUGCUACGCAUCCUGGAGGUGAAAGGUGUGAAGCAGCUCACAUCCGAUCCGUUCUUGCCAUUGGCGGUCGUAUGCAAGACUUCAGACAGUGUUGAAGAUGAAGCGGUACUGGACUCUGAAAUGAUGGCACUGGUCAAACACAACCAACAGUACUACGUACGUCGCUCAACAGUGUACGGUCGUAACUUACAGCUUCUGGACUUGAGAUUCUGUGAUCAUGUGGAUGUUGAGCAUCUGAUGACAAUAGCACGUGCGACAUUCCAAUCCCUGAACGUUAGGCACUUCAAGUUUGACAAGGUCACCGAGGGUGGUGAUGUGGAGUGGCAGUUGGCUGUGGCCAGAUAA